GACUGUCACUGGAAUGGUCUCUGUGUGGCCGUGGGUGUGGUAUUCUUAUAGGCUGCACUAUAGUUGAAUUUCCAGUUCUGUGUGUAGGUAAAGGGGACAGGAGUUACAAGGAAACCAGGCUUGUGCCAGCUGAGGAAACACACUGCAUGGUUCUGGUGCGGUGCGCUGGAAGGGGAGCUCUUCCUCUCUCCGACAAUAAUCAUGGCUAAGAUUAUGGCUAAAAGUGCAAAUACAACUCAUCCCACUGUUAUCACCAGCACCUAUGCUCCAGCUUCAGGGAUAUGGGGGUGGAUAGAGAGCAUUUUAAAUAAAAUACCUCUGCCGCGAUGGGCCAUCUACGCUUUGGGCGCUGUGGCAGUUUUUUUAAUCCUGCUGAUCAUCAUCUGUUGUUGUUGCUGCUGUUCUAAGCGUAAAAAGAAAAGUAAAGAAAAAGAGAAGAUCAAACUUGCAUCAGUGAAGAACAGUGUCACUACAAGCUUGGUGCAGCCAGAUAUAGAAGGACUACAGAAAUCACAGGAAAAUGAGUACCCUGGCCGACUUCAGUACUCAGUGGAAUACAAUUUUAAAACGGAGGAGAUUACUGUUUUAGUGAAGCAAGCUGCCGAUCUCAAAGCUAUGGACAGCGGAGGAACAUCAGACCCUUAUGUCAUAGUGUACUUGACUAACGAUCCCCGCAAAAAAAAUGAGACCAAAGUGUAUCGCAAGACACUGAACCCUUCCUUCAACGAGUCCUUCACCUUUAAGCUUCUCAAAUCAGACACAGCGGAAACAGAUGUUGUGAUGCAGAUCUUUGACUUCAACCGUUUUUCAAAACAUGAUGUGAUUGGGGAGGUGCGCCUGGCACUGCGGGACAUGGAUUUGAAUCAGGUCAUUGAGGAAUGGAAAGACCUUGCACCUGCAGGAAAAUCAGAGUAUGAAAAACUUGGGGAUAUUUGCUUCUCUUUAAAAUACAUCCCAGUGACGUCAAAACUUGUUGUGGUCAUUCUCGAGGGAAGAAAACUUAAGAGAAUGGACAAUGAUGGAUUCUCAGACCCAUACGUGAAGGUGCAGCUGGCUCUGAAUAAGAAGAAAUGGAAGAGAAAAAAGACAGCGAUAAAGAAGAAAACGCUAAAUCCAUACUUCAAUGAGGAAUUUGCUUUUGAUGUCUCACUGGAGCAAAUUCAGAAUGUGGACCUGAUAAUCUCAGUGUGGGACCAUGAUAAACUCAAUAAAAAUGAGCAGAUUGGAAAGAUAUUUUUAGGCUGCCGAGCAUCAGGAAACGCUUUGAGACACUGGUCAGACAUGCUUGCACAUCCUCGAAGACCCAUAGCACAGUGGCACAGUCUUCAGCCAGCAGAAGAAGUUGACAAGACUCUGGGACUAAAAUCACAAAUAAAGCUUCCUCUUCCAAGGAGAUAGCAGAGCUU